UCAGUCAUCAUGGGUAUUCGAGGACUAAUGAGUUUUGUGGAAGAUCAUAGUAAUGAGUUCUUCAUUGAUUUGAAGUUGCGAGACACAAAAAUUGUCAUUGAUGGCUAUGCUCUCUUCCAUCGGCUUUGCUUCAACUCAAACUUGGAACUUCGGUAUGGAGGGGACUAUGAUUCUUUUGCAGAUGUUGCACAAAAAUUCUUUGAAUCACUGUUUGCUUGUAAUAUCUGUCCAUAUGUUGUAUUAGAUGGAGGAUGUGACAUUUCUGAUAAAAAGCUUAAAACUUUAAAGGAUCGAGCUAGAGAGAAGAUCCAGAUGGCUCAUUCCCUUUCUGUUGGUGGGGGUGGGUAUGUGUGUCCCUUACUCAUCCGGGAAGUGUUCAUACAGGUUUUGGUCAAGCUACAGGUGUGUUUUGUCCAGUGCUUUUCAGAAGCAGAUCGGGACAUUAUGACAUUGGCUAAUCAUUGGAAUUGCCCUGUGUUAUCAUCAGAUAGUGACUUUUGCAUCUUUGACCUAAAAACUGGGUUUUGCCCAUUGAAUAGCUUUCAGUGGAGAAAUGUGAACACUAUCAAAGGCACACAAGACUGCUAUAUCCCUGCCAAGUGCUUUUCCCUUGAUGCACUCUGCCGUCAUUUCAGCAAUAUGAAUAAAGCUCUACUGCCUCUCUUUGCGGUGCUAUGUGGAAAUGAUCAUAUUAAUCUGCCCAUCAUAGAGACAUUCUUAAGUAAAGUACGUCUUCCUCUUGGAGCUACCAGUUCUAAGGGGAGGAGACAUCACCGAGUUUGGGGACUUCUGAAUUGGUUAUCUCAUUUUGCCAACCCUACUGAAGCACUGGAUAAUGUUCUGGAAUAUCUCCCCAAAAAGGAUCGUGAAAAUGUUAAGGAAAUUCUCUGCUGUACCAUGGAAGAAUACAAGCAAUCUCAGGUGAAGCUGCAGGACUUUUUCCAGUAUGGUACUUACGCCUGUCCAGCCGCCUUGAAUCUGGAUUUACCAGAAUGGGUAUUAGUGGCUUUGGCCAAAGGCCAGCUAUCUCCUUUCAUCAGCGAUGCUUUGGUGCUAAGAAGGACCAUUCUUCACACACAGGUGGAAAAUAUGCAGCAACCAAAUGCCCACAGAGUAUCUCUGCCCAUCCGGCAAAUCAUCUAUGGGCUUCUUUUGAAUGCCUCUCCACAUCUGGAAAAUAUGUCCUGGAAUGCAUUGCCUUCUCAGCCUCUAGCUUUCAGCGAAAUGGAAAGGAUUAAUAAAAAUAUCAAAACAUCGAUUGUUAAUGCAGUAGAACUGUCCAAGGAUCAUUCUGACUUAAGCAAAUUGACUGAGCUGUCCCUGGCCAAACGGCAGAUACUUCUGUUAGACACCCUGAAGGUGAAACGGACCAUCCUGGAAUCAAUCCCUUCUUCACUGAAGCUGCCCAUUUCUGUCAGUUGCUACUGGUUGCAGCACACAGAGUCCAAGGCAAAGCUACAUCACCUGCAGGCCUUACUGCUAGGGAUGCUGAUGGGGCCCUUGCAUGCCAUAAUAACCAGCCCUGAUAAGGAAGAUCUGCGGGAAGAUGGUGCUAGGAUGCUGUAUGAAGAAUUCCAAAGAGUGAAGGAGCAGACGCGGCCGGGCACGAGACUGGACUUAGACACAGCUCACAUCUUCUGUCAGUGGCAGUGCUGUCUGCAGAUGGGGAUGUAUCUCAAUCAGCUGCUGUCCACUCCUCUCCCGGAACCAGACCUAACUCGACUCUAUAGUGGAAGCCUGGUGCAUGGACUAUGCCAACAACUGCUAACAUCAACUUCUGUAGAAAGUCUCCUGAGCAUGUGCCCUGAGGCAAAGCAACUAUAUGAACAUCUGUUCAAUGCCACAAGGUCAUAUGCCCCUGCUGAAUUAUUCCUACCAAAGGGUAAAUCAAAUUCAAAAAAAAGAAGGCAAAAGAAACACAGUACCAGCUGGUCAAAGAACAGAGUGGGAACCACCUCAGACACUAGAUGCUUGUAUGAGGGAAGCAAUCGUUUUGGGCUAUUAAUGGUUGAAAACUUGGAGGAACAAAUUGAGGUCUCAGAGCUUGAUUAAACUCAGUCUGCAACCAGAUGUAUAAUUCUUAAAACUUUUGUUACCUCCCUUGAAAUGAUUAACUUUUAUUUAGAAUCUGUUAGGGAAUAAACAUUGUAAGAGGCAACCUUUGAAUCCCAAGGUAUUUUGUAUUCUGCUUUUAAUAAAUACAACCUGAUUUAAGAAA